AUGGCUGCAACAACUGCAAGCAUGCACAAUGCUCUUACUCAAAUAAAAAAUCGUUCAAGAAUUGUAAUAGCCAAUAUAGAUAAUAUUGCAACAAGAAGAGAUUUUUUGUUGGCAAUAACUGAUACUGGAAUAUCUCAAAGUAAUGAAUAUGUAUUUAUAUUUGCACAAUUAAGAAGUCUUGGAAUGUUACAACAAAGUAAAAAUCUUGUUUUGUUUGAUGAUUUUUGGAAAGUAACAACCGGAGUUGAUGAUGGACGUGAUGGAGAUGCUUUGAAAGCAGCAAGAAGGACAAUUAUUGUUGACUUAGAAAAUCAGUCAAACUCUCAAAUUGAUAUUUUCAAUGCUAAAGUAGUUGGUGAAUUUGGAAAGCCUCCCUUUAAUUGUGUAAAUGAAUGUAUGGGUGGACCUAAUGACCAAAUUCCAGCUUCGUAUGCUCGAAGUUUACAUGACACAACAUAUGCUUAUUUAAGGGCAUUAAAUAAAACAACAGAAAAGUUUGGUUAUCUAACAAAAGAUUUGGCAAGAAAUGGAACUUUAAUUAAUAAUAUGAGUAAAGGGGAAUUUCAAGGUAAAGAACGAGUUUAG